CAGGUAACUAUGGCAUCGUUUACUGCUUAUGUCCUGGCAUCUGAAGAAAAUGUUUUGAAUGCUGAUCGUGCAUUUGUUUCCCUGUCCCUGUUUAACAUUGUGCGUUUUCCACUUACUAUGCUACCUAUGCUUAUUUCUAUGAUUAUCCAGGCAUCAGUUUCAUUUAAAAGAAUGAACAAAUACUUCAGCAGUGAAGAAUUGGAUCCUUAUGUCACUCAUGACUGGGAAGAAGUUAAUCCUGUUGUUGUUGAACAUGGGACCUUUACAUGGUUACGGGAGGAACAACCAGUUUUAAAAAACAUUUCUGUGAGUAUUCCACAUGGAGCUUUAGUUGCUGUUGUUGGUCAAGUUGGCUCAGGAAAAUCCUCUCUAAUAUCUGCUAUUCUAGGAGACAUGGAGAAAUUAGAAGGUCGAGUGAAUGUGAAGGGUACAAUAUCAUACGUCUCCCAACAAGCUUGGAUACAGAAUGCCACAAUCCAACAAAAUAUUUUAUUUGGGAAAGGAAUGAAUGAGACACAUUAUCAGCAAGUGAUUAGUUCAUGUGCACUGGAGACAGAUCUGGACAUUCUUCCAAACAGGGACUUGACAGAAGUUGGCGAAAAGGGUAUCAACCUGAGUGGUGGACAGAAACAGCGAAUUAGUCUAGCCAGGUCCGUGUAUCACAACUCUGACAUUUACAUUCUUGAUGAUCCCCUCAGUGCUGUUGAUUCUCAUGUUGGAAAACAUAUUUUUCAAAAUGUUAUUGGUCCAGAAGGCUUAUUAAAGAACAAGACUCGUCUCUUGGUUACACAUGGGUUGUCGUUUCUUCCCAAGACUGAUUUCAUCAUUGUGAUGAAAGACGGUUUAGUUGUGGAAUCUGGGACUUACAAAGAUUUGCUAGAAAGAAAUGGUAUUUUUGCUGAAGUUCAUUUGCAGUACUUGCAAGAAAAAAGCAAACAAGGUUUGGAAGAAUCUGAAAUAGAAGAAUUGGAAGAACUUGUGGCAAAGAUAGGUUUCACUGAAAUAGAAAGCCAACUACAUAGACCAGACUCAGACAAAGAAGACCUUAAACAUAUUUUUCAAUCUUUAACAAAACAACUGUCACAGAAAGCAGCUCUAUCUGGCGAUGCUAGUUUAUCAAAAACUGAAUUAUCGCUUAAAAAAGGAGAAGGAGUUACAAGCACGGUGAAUGGACCAAUAAAAAAACAGUUUGAAUUUGAAAAAAAACUGAUUCAAGCAGAAACAGCUGAAACUGGAGAGGUAAAACUAGGCGUUUAUAUAAGUUACUUCCGAGCCAUUGGUGUCUCAUGGGUUGUACUAGUACUUAUCACAUACAUUGGUCAACAAGCCUUCUCUGUUGGUUCCAACAUAUGGCUGAGUGCAUGGAGUAAUGAUGACCCAUUACCCGAUGGGUCUCAAGAUGUGCAACAAACAAAUCUGAGAUUGGGUGUAUAUGGAGCUCUUGGUGCUGGGCAGGCUGUGUUUGUUUUACUGGGAACCUUUGCACUCUCUUUUGGAUCAAUGAAAGCCUCCAACUUGCUUCACAAAGAGAUUCUACAUCACAUUUUACGUUCACCAAUGUGUUUCUUUGACACUACUCCCAUUGGGAGAAUAAUGAAUCGUUUUUCAAAGGACAUUGAUGUUUUGGAUACAACAGUACCCACGAACUUAAGAAGCUUCAUGACUACGUUGCUUCAAGUUAUCGCCAUUCUCUUUGUCAUUUCUAUGGAGACACCCAUCUUUCUUGCAGUCAUCGUACCCAUAGCUAUUCUCUAUUAUUUUAUACAGAAAUUCUACAUUUGUACAUCCCGACAGCUGAAGAGAUUGGAGUCAAUCACGCGUUCUCCAAUCUUUUCCCACUUUUCUGAAACUCUGUCAGGGUUAAAUACUAUAAGAGCUUACAGGAUGCAAGAACGAUUCAUUGAAGAGUCCAACAAACGUGUGGAUGUUAACCAAGCAUGUUACUAUCCAAGUACCGUAUCAAACAGAUGGCUGGCCAUAAGAUUAGAGUUCUGUGGUAAUUGUAUUGUCUUCUUUGCUGCAUUGUUUGCUGUUCUUGGUCGAGACUCGUUGAGCCCAGGUGCUGUUGGUUUGUCUGUUAGUUAUGCUCUGAUGGUCACCGUAACUUUGAACUGGAUGGUUCGCAUGAGUUCAGAGCUCGAGGCCAACAUUGUGUCAGUAGAAAGGAUAUGUGAAUAUUCUCAAACACCUAAUGAGGCACCAUGGAUCACUGAAGAACACCAACCACCCAAGUCCUGGCCUAGUAAAGGUGCUAUGAAAAUUAAUCAGCUUACUGCACGUUACAGAGAAGGACUAAAUCCUGUUCUUAAGGAGGUAACCUGUGAUAUAAAAGAAGGAGAAAAGGUGGGCAUUGUGGGAAGAACAGGUGCGGGUAAAUCUUCACUGAUGUUGACACUAUUUCGUAUCAUAGAAGCUGACAGUGGCUUCAUUACCAUUGAUGGAAUAGACAUCUCUAAAGUCGGACUUCAUGACCUUCGCUCAAAGCUCACAAUUAUUCCUCAGGAUCCCUUUCUAUUUUCUGGAACUUUACGUAUGAAUCUAGACCCCUUCAUGAUACACAGUGAUGAGGAGCUGUGGAAGGCUGUUGAACAUUCACACCUUAAGGAGUUUGUAUCCAGUCUAGAAGCUGGACUGGAUCACAAAAUAGCUGAAGGUGGAAGCAACUUGAGUGUUGGUCAGUGUCAGUUAGUCUGCCUUGCUCGGGCGCUGCUAAGGAAAACCAGAGUGUUAAUUCUUGAUGAAGCUACAGCUGAGAUUGAUCUAGAAACAGAUGAUUUAGUUCAAGCAACAAUAAGAAGAGAGUUCUCAGGUUGUACAAUCCUCACCAUAGCCCAUCGAAUUAGCACCAUCAUGGACUACAACAGGUAG